CCAGUCUAAUAGGUGGCGGUAAUGCAACAUAUAUUGGAUGCCAACCGCCGUUAAACCUCCUCGAAGAAGAACAACAUCCUCUCUCUUCAGUGUAAACGGAAAUAAACAAUGUAAUCGACCAAGAAACAUUUCCACUUUAGCGUUUUUAUUAUUGUUAUUUAGACGUUUAUCAACACAAUAGAACUCAGAAUAUGGACCAUUUAACAGCACAGCACCACAUUCUUACCCCAUGUAGUCUUUAAUUCGCGUUGUAGACAGGACUUUAUUGAUAGAUGUUAUCUAGGUAACGCUAGCUAGCUGCUAACGUUAGCUAACAAUGGCUAAUUGUAUGGUUUUUCACACUCAAAUAGCCUCCAUCAUGGAAGUGCUUGCGAAUGCUGCCGUGGCAGAUAUUUGUAAACUCGUAGACGACGACUAUGCAGUGUUUCGUUUGGAAAUUUCUCAAAGCCAGAAUGAUAACAGGGCAUUGCGGAGGAAACUACAGCUACUGGAACUGAAGAUGGCACGGGAGCGCGCAGAGAGGACAAUGCGAGAUCGCGUCGUCGCCAGUCGUUCCAGUAGUGUCAAGAUCCUCGACCGAUACAGCGGAAUGGCAAGAGAUGAAGGACAUCUCACUGGAGGCCACAGGAGCUUUGUGAAACCAGCGGGACACAAUACAUGGAGCGAUGACCAACCAAUCACUGUUGAUGAGGGGUGUGGAACCUCAACCCAGCAUGUUAUUGUGAUAGAGGAUGCAGAGGCUGCAGGUCCUGGGAUCAAACUGGAGAGGUCUGAAGGAGAAGAGGACACACGGCACAUCAGUGACAUCCAGACUGGACUGGCUGGAGUGCCCCCUGUAGCCACGGAGGACCGUACCACCGCCUCAUCGCAGCCCAGGACCCGAAGCAGCAUCACGGAGGUCAGUGGAACGCCGAACGCCGUUCUCAAGUCAGAGACAGACACCAAGACUUUAACUGUAACACACAGGCUCUUACACACAGGAUCUGACCACAGAUCAGACCCAGAGAGGCUGGGGUUGGGGACACUGGGCUGUCCUCCUGCUCCUGGUUCAGAGUCUUUACCGGUAUUUCAACAGAGCCAGAAGACAGUUUAUUCCCGUGGAGAUGUUGAUGGUGAUGCGUUAGACACUGGUGGUGAUGAUCUGUCUUGUUCUUACACUACAGAGAUGGACCCUGGCAACAUAUCCUUGGGUUUAGAUACACAGACUGAUCUCUCUAGAGGGGACUGGAACCGGUACAGUAGCAGUCUAUACUCUGAAGGGUGCCUGGAUAAGAAAGGGGAGGUUAUGGUUGUAAAUGAAUUGACUGUGAAAUUGGAGGGCGACGCUCCUCCCACAUGGAAUGCAGAUAGUCACCUAGGAGACGGACACUCACAGGGCAGAGAUUUCUUAGAUUAUAGGGAAAUCAUAGAGACAAAUCCAAAUGUUGCGACCCACUCCCCUUUACACGCGUUCAGGGAUCGCGACCCAGUGUCCACGUCGAUGGGGCCUUCCAAUUCACAAGGCCGUGUCCUUUUCGAUCAGGUAUUGAACUCAAACGACAGGGCUAGAGCCCAGGCUCAGGGAGGGGGAUCAGAAUCUGUCAAUGGUAAAGAGAAGCGGUUCCUCUGCAUGUUCUGUAACAAAGGCUUCAGCUGCCCCCAGAGGGUGGAGAUCCACCAGAGGGUCCACACAGGAGUGAAACCCUUCAGCUGCACCCAGUGUCACAUGUGCUUCGCUGAGGCUGGCACCCUGAAGAGGCAUCAAAGAGUCCACACAGGGGAGAAACCCUUCAGCUGUACCCAGUGUGAGAAGAGGUUCUCCCGUCAGCACCAGCUGAAGAUACACCUGAAGGUCCACACGGGAGAGAGGCCAUUUGCCUGUACGCACUGCGGGAAGAGGUUCUCAGAGAGGAGAUCCCUCAGGAUUCACCAGCAGAAAAACCAUUCCACUCUAUAACAGAAAGUAACCAUUCCACUCAAUAGCUUCUAAUGUUAACAUCAAACCCUGCAUUAAAGGUAGACUCAACGAAAUGACAUA